UCGGGACAGUCGAGCCACGUCAGGCACUCCCCACGCAACAGGCGGGGGGUUUAACCGUGAUGAUAACACCGCCCCCGCAAAAGAAACUGGAUGCAGGCGGCAGUCGGACGACGGCGGGAAAUCAUCACACUUCUGCAAGCGGAGUCGCGGAAGGUGUGGUAGAGGGGAGGGUAGAUGACGUGCACUGUGAAGAUGGUAAAAGAGAUGGACGAUGGGAAGGCGACGAUGACGACGAUCGACCCCUUGCCAGCAGGCGGAGGAGAACUGCACAGGAGGUUGAUCUGGAAGACAGGUUGAAGUUGUGGGUUGACUACGACGUUUUUUUGGGUCAAGGGCCCGAAAAACCAUUGAGGGAGGCAAUUGGCGACUACGCCGACUACUUCGUCCCCAUCGCGAAGGGAGACGCAGGAGCCGAACCACCGUCCAUGCUCAUCAUGCCGACGAAUGAUGUGCCACGCUUCAAGAUCGACGAUUCGGUGCAGCAUGGACCAGCUUUGUGUAGAACGCGCAUCGUGGAGAAACUGGCAAUGCGCACUCUCCGCAGGUGAAUCUUCAAAUCGUCGUCGAGGUUGAAUGGCUUCGCUCGUGCAGAGUUGUACAUCACCGUCGACUACGCUACCGACGU